AUGGAGAAUACAACUGUCAAAGAUUCAUCUCCAAAGUAUGGAGCUCCUCUAUCCAUUUUAAUAGACCACUCACUCAACUCGCCGUCGCUUUGGUUUCUCAUAUUCACCAUACUCACCACCUUGUACAUAUUUCUCACCAAACACAAUGCCAAGUCAACAACUCAAAAUAACGCCAACGCCUCCAUUGACAGAUCACUCCCACGGGGUAAAUCGAAAUUCUAUGACAACUUUGAUGCAAACUACAAAGUCCACCCCGUAGAUCCCGAGUUCAAAUGGGAUUGCGUCAACGCUUUGAAAUCAUACCCAUUCAAAAAUGCAGCUUACAAGUUGACAAUGUCUAUUGCGUCGUUGCAACCACAAGAUUGGUUGCUCAUUGAACCCACUUAUUUGAAUCGUUUGGAGAAUAAACACAAAAUCAUCAACAACUGUCAUCCCGAUUACCCACUGGGUAAAGAUACGAGAUCAUCAACUAUAUUCAUGACAGACGAAGCUUAUGAUGCUGUGGUUGAGUUUUACGAAAUGGUUAUGAACUAUAUGUGCGAUAAGUAUCCGAUGUGUUUCAAACGUCAACUUGAGCUUGGUCAAGUGAAGAACUUGAUUACAGGCAAAUCUUACCCUUUAAUAGGUCAGGGGGUCAAUGGUGUUGUGUUGCAAGAGCAUCUAGCUGAAAACAUUGAAGAAGAUUUCAUCAUUUUGCAACUUGAUCCAACCAAAGCCCAAACUGAGCCCGAUGAUCCAACACUGGGUGAAUAUUUCUUUAAAGCUGGUAUUUUUGCAUUUGCUGCUGGGUUUGACCCACUAGAGCGGUUUAAUAAACCAUUGACAUUUAUUCAUGAACGGAUCCCCGGCUACACCACCAAAUUGCGUCCAUCAAUGAAUAAAUUCUUCAGCCGGAUUCAACCGCAUCAAUUUGUAACCAGAUCCAACUGGUCAUUACAAACUCAUGACAAGUUUUACGUUGACGAUAGUAACAAAGGACACAAUUUGCCAGCUGAUUAUGUUCAACAACCCUUGGAUUAUGACCUGUUGGAUUUCAACUCUCAAGUGCAUUAUCGUAGCGAGCGUCAAGUGUUGACCAGAUUACCCAAGUCCAAGGCAAUAGUUUUCACAAUUAGAACUUAUUUAUUACCCUUGUCAAAGCUUAAAGCCGAUGGAACUGAAGUCAGGCAACGAUUAAUUGGUGCUAUAAAGGGUCUCCCUGAAGAUAUUUCUCGUUACAAGAGAGCUGAAGAAUGGGGGCCCCCAAUCAUAAAGUACUUGGAAGAGGAUUGA